UUUAUAACAAAUUAUCAUGAUAAAUAUAUUGCAUAUGAUACAAUAAUGUUAUUAUCAUUAACAUUAUCAUUAUCAUUAAUCAUACAACAACAACAAAUUGAUUGGAAUUUUUAUGAUGAUAUUGUUCAACGGGAUUUUUAUAUACAAAUUAAUCGUGUUGGUGAUCAUAUUUGUCAAACAACAACCACGAUAACCACAACAACUUCUUCGAAAACAACAAAAAAUUCCACUCCAGAUGAUAUUAGAAGUUUAAAAUUUCCGAAAAAAUCUGUAGAAAAACCAAAACAAUAUUGCUAUCAUUCAGAUGUUUAUUAUUGGCAUCAAAUGAAUCGUUGUUGUGGUUGGCAAUCACCCUAUGACCUAAUUGGUAUUGUUAAAUUUAAUAAUACUAAUGGUCGUGGUCGUGGUAAUGUUAAUGAUGAUUUUGAUGAUAAUCAUGGUAAUGAUGAUCAGAAUAACCGAUAUCGUUUACCGGAAUUUUGUUGUGAAACAUUAAUUAAUAAUCAAUAUCAUGGAAUUAUCAAAAAUAUGUGGUUAAAAAAUUUAUAUAAACAGCAGCAGCAGCAACAACCAAAUUAUUGUUUUAUUGGAUCAAUAUUUAUGUUUAAUCGUACUUGUAAAGUACUUUAUUAUGGUAAUGCAUUCAAUACAAAUCGACAGCAACAACAAAGUUUAUCAUCAACAUCGAGAACAUCGAUAUUAUCAUUACGUAAUUUAUCAUUGAUUAAUCAUCCAAUAGAAUUGAUCUAUAUUUUAUUAAAAUUAAUUAUAACAUUCAUUUAUACUUAUUAUAAACAGCAUUUAUUACCACAAAUUGAAGGACCAUAUUCAUUUUAUUUAUCACCAUGA